AUGCAAUAGUUAAGACAUUCAAUCGAAUGCAUGCAAAUAGAUCACGAUCAUCAACAUGUGUAGUACAUUUGCAUUGAGCCAGGUUGUACUUAGAAAGAGAAAGGAAUGUGCGAAGUUUGUAAAUAUGGGAAUCAUUUGCAACACGCUUGUAUAGAAGUGCAAAAGUUGGAUAAACUGGUAGUAAAAGCAUAUGAACAAGAGAAAGAAUUGAAUAACAACAUUUACAAAACUAGUCACAAAAGGAUUAAAUUAUCAAUUGAAUUACUUCAAAAAAAGCUGUUAUAAAUAAAGCAAGAACUUAAUGAAAUUUGUAGGAUGCAGAGAGAAGAGUCACUAUUAGAACUUUUAGUUGAAACAUAUGUAAAGAAUGAAAAACUAAAUUUAGAAGAAUACAAUUCAGUUAGAGAUUUGGUGAUUGGUAAUUUAGAUUAGUUUUUUGGUUAAUACUUCUGGAAAUAGGAGAUCUACACUAAUAAUUUCAAGUCUUUCUAAUAAUAUUCAGACAAUUUGUUGAAAUAAACCAUAUUGUUCACAGAAGAUAUUAAUCUAUUUUAACAAUAUGGUGUUGAGCUGCAUAAUGUCUAAAUUUAAUAAUUCAAAGAAUAUUUUAAAUAAAAAAAUACCUAAUACCUGGAGAUCUUGAAUUAUAAUCAAAAGUAACAGAAAGAAGAUAUUCUUAAGACUGAACCUAUAGAAUAAUUCUAUAAAAAAUAAUUAUAAAAAAUAUCAUCUGUUGAUAUCUCAAAUAAAUUAGAUUUAUUAGCAAUAGGAGGUAGUGAUAAAUAUGUUCUAAUUGUUGAUUUCAAAUCAGCUAAUUGUCAGUAGGAGUUAUUGAUAUCUACCUAAUAAGUUUAUAGUGUUAAGUUCUCUCCAGAUGAUUAAUAUUUAGUGGCUGGAGGAUCUAAACCAUUUGAAAUAUAUUGUUGGAUUUGCAACAAUUGGAAUUCACAUCCAAUAAUAUUCAGAGGUCACACUAAUUACAUUUAUAGACUCACAUUCAGCGAAGAUUCCAUGUUUCUGUUGUCGAGCAGUGCAGACAAAACAGCAAUCUAGUGGAAUAUUGAUAAGAAAUUACCUUAAUAAGUAUACAAAGGACAUACUCGAAAUGUUUAUGGUUGUGCAAUAUCUAUGAAAUCCAAUAGAGUUGCAACCAUAGGAGGGGAUGAGUUCAUUAUUGUUUAUGAUCAGCAAUCAGCAAAUGUACUCCAUUAAUGGAAGGGACAUUAAUGCGAAUAUGGAGGAUCAUCAAUUAAUUAUUUGCAGAAUGGAUAGUUGAUGAUAUCUAGCGGUUAUGAUGGAUUAAUAAAAUUGUGGAAUGGCAAUAGUUAUGAAUUGCUUCGAGAAUUCAUAGGUCAUAGUAAAAAUUGGAUCUGGAGCAUUUCUAUUUCUCUGAAUCAAGAUUAUUUUGGAUCAAUUUGCAAUGAUUAAACUCUUAAGAUCUGGGAUAUCAACUAAGCAAAACCUGUUUUAACAUUUUCAAAUGAGAAUAAUGGUGCUCCUGGGUCUGAAAUAAUUUUAAAGGAAAAUUAGUAUGUAAUUGCAACUUCUACUUAAUCUAUUAAAAUAUGGAAACUCUCUUUGUGA